AUUUAAUUCAGUGCACAAAUGAGAUGAAUGUGAACAUCCCACAGCUGGCUGACAGUUUGUUUGAAAGAACUACUAACAGUAGUUGGGUGGUGGUCUUCAAGUCUCUCAUUACAACUCAUCAUUUGAUGGUGUAUGGAAAUGAGCGCUUCAUUCAGUAUUUGGCUUCAAGAAACACGUUGUUUAACUUAAGCAAUUUUUUGGAUAAAAGUGGAUUGCAAGGAUAUGACAUGUCUACAUUUAUUAGGCGGUAUAGUAGAUAUCUCAAUGAAAAGGCUGUUUCAUACAGACAAGUUGCAUUUGAUUUCACAAAAGUGAAAAGAGGGGCUGAUGGAGUUAUGAGAACAAUGAACACAGAAAAACUCCUAAAAACUGUACCAAUUAUUCAAAAUCAAAUGGAUGCCCUUCUUGAUUUUAAUGUUAAUAGCAAUGAACUUACAAAUGGGGUAAUAAAUGCUGCUUUCAUGCUCCUGUUCAAAGAUGCCAUUAGACUGUUUGCAGCAUACAAUGAAGGAAUUAUUAACCUGUUGGAAAAAUAUUUUGAUAUGAAAAAGAACCAAUGCAAAGAAGGUCUUGACAUUUAUAAGAAGUUCCUAACUAGGAUGACUAGGAUCUCAGAGUUUCUCAAAGUUGCAGAGCAAGUUGGAAUUGACAGAGGGGAUAUACCAGACCUUUCACAGGCCCCCAGCAGUCUUCUAGAUGCUUUGGAACAACAUUUAGCAUCCUUGGAAGGAAAGAAAAUCAAAGAUUCUACAGCUGCAAGCAGGGCAACAACACUUUCCAAUGCAGUCUCUUCCUUGGCAAGUACUGGCCUCUCCCUAACCAAAGUGGAUGAAAGGGAAAAGCAGGCAGCACUAGAGGAAGAGCAGGCUCGUUUAAAAGCUUUAAAGGAACAACGACUAAAAGAACUUGCAAAGAAACCGCAUACCUCUUUAACAACUGCAGCCUCUCCUGUGUCUGCCUCAGCAGGGGGCAUAAUGACUGCACCAGCCAUUGACAUAUUUUCUACCCCUAGUUCUAACAGCACAUCAAAGCUGCCAAAUGAUCUGCUUGAUUUGCAACAGCCAACUUUUCACCCAUCUGUACACUCGUUGUCAACUGCCUCUCAGGGCACAAGUACAUGGGGAGAUCCUUUCUCUGCUACUGUAGAUGCUGUUGAUGAUGCCAUUUCAAGCUUAAAUCCUUUCCUCACAAAAAGUAGUGGUGAUGUUCACCUUCCCAUUUCUUCAGACGUAUCCACUUUUACUACUAGGACACCUACUCAUGAAAUGUUUGUUGGAUUCACUCCUUCUCCAGUUGCCCAGCCACAUCCUUCAACUGGCCUUAAUGUUGACUUUGAAUCUGUAUUUGGAAAUAAGUCUACAAACGUUAUUGUAGAUUCUGGCGGCUUUGAUGAACUAGGUGGACUUCUCAAACCGACAGUGGCCUCUCAGAACCAGAGUCUUCCGGUUGCCAAACUCCCACCUAACAAGUUAGUAUCAGAUGACCUGGAUUCAUCCUUAGCCAACCUUGUGGGCAAUCUUGGCAUUGGAAAUGGAACCACCAAGAACGAUGUCAAUUGGAGUCAGCCAGGUGAAAAGAAGUUAACUGGAGGAUCUAACUGGCAACCAAAGGUUGCACCAACAACUGCUUGGAAUGCUGCCACGAUGAAUGGCAUGCAUUUUCCACAAUACGCACCCCCAGUCAUGGCCUAUCCUGCUACUACACCAACAGGCAUGAUAGGAUAUGGAAUUCCUCCUCAAAUGGGAACUGUACCAGUAAUGACACAACCAACCUUAAUCUAUAGCCAGCCUGUCAUGAGACCACCAAACCCCUUUGGCCCUGUAUCAGGAGCACAGCUCUCGGCAGCGUCCAGCCCCUCCAGUCACAGUCCUCACAGAGCCUCAGGAAAGGACCCCUUUGCAGAGCUCUCUCUGGAGGACUUCUUAUAAAAGUCACUUUAGAUACAAUUUAUGUAACUAAGAUGGAAAGAAUGGAAUUAUUUCAAAAAGACAAGUGCUCAAGCGGCAAAUCCUUACUUCCAGCAAAAUCCGAACUGCUGUCUCUUAAACUCUUUUCUUCCACUAGAAUGCGACAGUGACCAGGGAAGGCCCGUGAAGGGAAUUGGGGCUAGUCGAUAGGAGAACGUAUCCGUAGUUUAUAAAGCCAAGAAUGGCCAUGAUUUAAGACUAAGAGCUGUCUUUUUUGGUGACUAACCCUUCAGUUCUUUCAACUGCUAUUAAUAUCCAUAAUCAAUAACCUACCAAAAGAAGCCCUUAUUUGGAAAGAGUGAAAUUUGCAUUUGGAAAAGCUGCCUGGAGAGAAGAACUAUGUCCUUUCCUGUAAUUCAACAGGACUCUUUUGGAGGGAUAAAAAUCAUAAUUCUUAAUUAUACAGUAUCUUUCUUUUCUCCACUCCUGACAGAUACAGAAACAGUAACUGAAAUUAACUUUUCUUUUAAAAAAAAUUAUAUAUUCAGUUUGCAGUAGACAUUCCUUAUGUAUUUGUAUUUAUUUAUGAUUAUCAAUUUAUGUAACAUUAAUAUUGUAUCAAACUUCCUUAUGAAAAUGAGUAUGGAUGUACACAGUAUGUUUGAUUUUUAUCCACAAGAAUGAAUCUGAUUCAGAAUGCUUUUCAGCUGACAUACAGAGCACUAAAUAUCUCAAGGCAAGUCCAUAGGUCUGAAUCUCAUAAGACUUCUCGGUCUUUAUGGGAAUUAGGGAAGCAUUAUAACUGCGUUAAUCUUUAUAGUCAAUUCUGUGCCUAGGAUUUUGUAAGGGGACAGUUCACUGACUAGGAAAAGCACUACAUUUCAAAUUCAGCAUAGUGCACCGGGCAGGAACGUUACUGCUGUGUGCUUGGCGUGUCGUUAUUCUCCAUCCGACGUUAGGGCCUUUCCAAAAUGAAUGUGAGGAAUUGCUUUCACUUCAAGACUCCUUCUUUUCAAUAAAGCUUAGGAGGGAUUCGGGGGAGGGAGGGGACAAAAAAAUCCUUGAACCUUUUAUUUGGCUUGCGCCAUGUUAUGAUCAUGUACCUUUUAAAUAAGGGGAAAUAGUAUCUUUAAAGUUAAUGUCUAGCCAAGAGUUUAGUUAACGAACAAUUAAACUGCACUGUUGAUCGGUGCUUUGUGUAAAUACGUCGUAACAUUUGGGUUGAGAGGGGCUGUAGAAGGACAGUUCGUUGUAGGAAAGCAAUUCUGCACAUGAGUUUAAGCAUACUUGUUGCAUUGUCUCUGCAGAUUCUAUUUUUGUUUACAAUAUUAAAAUGUAUGUUAGCAAAACUGGGUGGAUUUUCAAAUAAAACGCAGCUUCCACAAAACUUUUGUUAUGGUAUUCUGGUCUGAGACGCCUUCUCUUUAUAUCAUCGUUAUUAUUCCUUGCUAAUUGAAGUAUGUAUAAUUUAAUAAAAUGGAAAAUGCAUUUGUUUUAACUUAA